GCUCGCCCGCUCGUUCGUUUCCUUAUCUCCACUCCUCCACCUCCCUCCACCCCAGCCACCAGUCCAGGACGCACGCACGCAGCUCGAACGCCCAUGGCCGCGCCAAUGGCCUCGCCGCUCACGGCCGUCGCCCGCGCCGCCCGCCUCCACCCCGUCUCCUGCUCCGCCUCCUCCUCUUCCAAGAACUCCAAACAGUCGCCGUCGUCGUCGUCGUCGUCUGCUGCUGUGCCGUCGCUCAGGUCUGCCGCGGCGGUGGCGGUGCCGCUGCUGGCGGCGCUGCCGGCGCCGGACGCGCUGGCGGUGGGCGGCGAGCUGGGGAUCAUCGAGGGCCGGACCGUCGCGCUGCUGCACCCGGCCAUCAUGGGCGGCCUCUUCGCCUACACGCUCUGGGCGGGCUACCUCGGCUGGCAGUGGCGCCGCGUCCGCACCGUGCAGGACGAGAUCACCGAGCUCAAGAAGCAGGUCCGCCCGGCCGCCGCCGCCGCCACCCCCGCCGCGGUCGGUGCCGGGGACUCCGCCGCCCCGCCCCGUCCCCCCGCCGCCAAGUCCCCCACCGAGAUCAAGAUCGACGAGCUCAGCGAGGAGAGGAAGAAGCUGGUGAAGGGCGGGUUCCGGGACCGGCACUUCAACGCGGGGUCGAUCCUGCUGGGCCUGGGCGUGACGGAGUCCGUCGGCGGCGCGCUCAACACAUGGCUCCGCACCGGCAAGCUCUUCCCGGGCCCGCACCUGUUCGCGGGGGCGGCCAUCACCGUGCUCUGGGCGGCGGCGGCGGCGCUGGUGCCGGCCAUGCAGAAGGGGAACGAGACGGCCAGGAGCCUGCACAUCGCGCUCAACACCAUCAACGUGCUGCUCUUCAUCUGGCAGAUCCCCACGGGGCUCGAGAUCGUCGGCAAGGUCUUCGAGUUCACCAACUGGCCAUGAGCUCCGCCCCCAACCGGCGGGGCCGUUUGCUUCGUCUCUCUCUGUUCAUAAGACGAUCGUUAGCUGACUUUGAAGUUGCAAGUUUUGAUGUUACGAGUAAAUAACAAACGAAUUCGCAGGGUUUGUUUCUUUGUACGGAAAACGGAAUCGCCAUUGCUCAAUCAGAGCUAAAGCACAUCCGAGGCCAGUGUGUGAGGAAAUGUGCCGGGUUGUCCUUUUUUCGAUUAUUAGGGGUCCUUUUUGUACCACCUUUGGUAGUAACAACAUCCAUAGCCGGACGUAGCAAAUCCGGUCGUCUUUAUAUAGGUGAACGAGUCCGUCUCCGUUGAUAAUGCUGAAUCACACUCAAAUGUCUAUUUUUACAA